AUGAGGCCUGCGAGAACCCUAACUCCUCGAAUAUUUAACAAAGGGGAGAACUGGACGGGGCAUGAUAUUUAUAUCGAGGAAAAGUAUCAGCUGGCCAAAAUCGACAACCAUGAUUGGAUUCCAGAAGACACAAGAGAGAGGAUUCGCAGCUGGGGAAAGACAAAGACAAAUCCAGCCAAGACAAGUAACCCUGGCAAAAACCAGCUAUAUAAGCCUAUUAUCGAUCCAUACGAGAUGCGCGUGCUAGAGGUUAAGGCUGGAUCAAAGGAUGAGGAGCUUAAAGGCUCCCUUCAUCACUGCUCUGUGGAGUAUAAAGAUCCCGGGCCCAAAACCAGGGGGUGGUAUACCGACACUAUUUACGCCCUUUCUAUGGACGACCUUACUGUGCCCGUCACGUACACAGCGCUAAGUUACACAUGGGGCCCGCCUGUUUUCGAAGGAUAUUUUGAAUGUGACGGGCAUGGUAUGGCAAUUACCAAGUCUUUGGAGUCCGCGCUCCGACAUUUUCGUGACAAGGACCAUUCUGUUGUUAUGUGGAUUGACCAAAUCUGCAUCGACCAAAGCAACAUGCAGGAAAAGCUGAAGCAGAUUCCUCUUAUGCCUCGAAUCUACCGACACGCAGUAAACACCGUGAUCUGGCUAGGAGACUCGAACGAAAGGUCUGCUAUUGCGUUUCGGCUCUUAGAAGAGAUAUACGAGCGUUUACAGUUUACGAGGGAAGACAAUGUAGAGCCCCAGGACCUAGAGCGAUACUGCCUACCGAAGGCCGACUCAAGUGACUGGGAAGCAUUGUGGGACCUUCUCUCACGCCAGUGGUUCACAAGGGUCUGGAUCAUACAAGAAGUUACUCUCUCAAAAAAUCCCUUUGUUGUAUGCGGCGAGUUUAGUGUGUCUUGGGAGGAUAUUGCUAGUGCCUGCAUGCAACUCGCGACGACUGGGAUAUCUAAAUGGCUGUCGCAGAAGUCCUUAAAAGUAAAAAAGCCGGUAGAUGACCGUGAGGACGUCUACAGGAGGGUUUGGCAGCUUGAUCUGACUAAGUAUGCCACCAAGAUUAACCCACCUAACCUCUUUUAUAUUAUGGUCGACUCACGCAAUGCCCAAUGCUACGACUCACGUGACAAGGUGUAUGGGCUCUUAGGGAUAUGUAACGAACACUUUCGGGACGCAUUAACAGUCAGCUAUGCGGACGACUUUCCGGCUGCCCGAUUAUAUCACGCCGUUAUAUUAGAAUACUUGUCUUAUCCAUACAUGGGGGGGCUAGACUCAAUACUAGCCUCAGUCGACCACGAUUCGCCACAUCUGCCAUCGUGGGUGCCGGACUUCAGCAAGCCCCGUCAGACGGUCUCGUUAGGCUACACGACUGCCUCGCGGGGCAUCUACCGCGCUUGUGGACGCUUCACACAGCAGUUCAAAAAGAUAUAUGCAAGGGUCGACAGAUAUAACGACGCGGAGCUGCACGUACGAGGGAUAUUUUUCGAUACCAUCGUUGAAAUUAGCCCGCUUUUUGAAGAUCCCGACAUUACUUGUAUAGAUCCAGAGACCGAAAAUAAGACACUGCUCGAAAUCUUCAAGUUCAUUUCCCAGCUACAGCGGUACCCGGCGCCGAACACAGUCUUCUCAACGUUCUGGCGCACUAUUGUGGCGGGUAAGAAUGGCCUCGGAAGAGAGAAAUGUCCAGAAUCUUUCGCCGAAAUUGUCAGUCUUCUCCUUGAUACAUGUACUGGCAAAUCUCCAUCACUCCCAGGCCAAACGUACUCAGCACGGCAGCGUAUGCCUAAGGACAGGGGCAGGUUGGAUGUACACAGGCUUAACGGCGGGAAGCCCGGUUCGCCUGGACACGUUUUCCAGGACUUUCGAUGGGCAAUGAUUAAUGCUAAUAGGCACCGCAGGCUGGGGUUCACUAGCAAAGGAUACCUGUGUCUGUUCCCUAGGUAUGUCGAUAUUGGGGAUCAAGUGUUCGUUUUGGAAAGCUGUGCUAUGCCGUUUAUCAUGAGGACAAUAGAGCUCGAUCGUAAGAGCUUUAGGCUUAUUGGCGAAUGUUAUGUGUGUGGAAUUAUGGAUGGAGAGGCAAUUAGACCUAAUGUUACUUUAGAAGAAAUAGUCCUAGUAUAG